GUCAGGCAGCUCUCUUCAAUGAGGUGGGCUCAGGAAGGGCUCCGUGCCUCCGCUCCGGUGAGCAAUAGCCAGAAGCCUUGAGAGGCAGGAGAGGUGCUGAGCAGUCGAUCAGCAGCUGCUGCCCCGGCUCUCAGGAGGCCAACUGGACUCUCUCACCCGGCUGCAAGGGCAAGGACAGUGAGACUCGACCCUGCCUGAGCCAUGCCACUCAACCUCACAGAGGGCAACUCACAUGCCAACCAGACUGUGCCAACACUAGAUGCUUCCCCAGCAGCUUGCACUGAAGUUGUCACCUUCACUGAAGUGCUGGCGGCAGAGGAGUGGGGGUCCUUCUACUCCUCCUUUAAGACAGAACAGCUGAUAACCCUGUGGGUCCUGUUUGUUUUCACCAUCGUGGGAAACUCUGUUGUGCUGUUCUCCACGUGGAGAAGGAAAAGAAAGUCCAGAAUGACCUUCUUUGUGACUCAGUUGGCCAUCACAGACUCCUUCACAGGACUGAUCAAUAUCCUGACAGACAUCAUUUGGCGAUUCACUGGAGACUUCAUGGCCCCCGACCUGGUCUGCAGAGUCGUCCGUUAUUUGCAGGUUGUCGUGCUGUAUGCCUCUACCUAUGUCCUGGUGUCCCUCAGCAUAGACAGAUACCAUGCCAUCGUUUACCCCAUGAAGUUUCUUCAAGGAGAGAAGCAAGCCAAAGUCCUCAUUGGGAUAGCCUGGAGCCUCUCAUUCCUGUUCUCCAUCCCCACACUGAUCAUUUUUGGGAAAAGGACACUCUCCAAUGGUGAGGUGCAGUGUUGGGCACUGUGGCCCGAUGACUCCUACUGGACCCCGUACAUGACCAUCGUGGCCUUUCUGGUGUACUUCAUCCCCCUGACAAUUAUCAGUGUCAUCUAUGGCCUUGUGAUCCGAACUAUUUGGAUUAAAAGCAAAGCCCAUGAGACGGUGAUUUCCAACUGCUCUGAUGGCAAACUAUGCAGCAGCUACAAUCGAGGGCUCAUCUCAAAAGCAAAAAUUAAAGCCAUCAAGUAUAGCAUUGUCAUUAUCCUCGCUUUCAUCUGCUGCUGGAGCCCUUACUUCCUCUUUGACAUGCUGGACAAUUUCAACCUCCUUCCGGACACCAAGGAGCGUUUCUAUGCCUCCGUGAUUAUCCAGAACCUACCAGCCCUGAACAGUGCCAUCAACCCCCUCAUCUACUGCAUGUUCAGCAGCACUAUCUGCUUCCCCUGCAAGGAGCAGAGGUCACAGGACUCCAGAAUGACAUACCGAGAGAGAAGUGAGAGGCAAGAGAUGCAGAUCCUCUCCAAGCCGGAAUUCAUCUAAACCCUGAAGCAGUGGUGCUACACCGAGCACAUCAGCCCUCCUGGAGCUCCAUCACCAGUUAGUGGAUGUGCAUGAAUCUUGAGCCAGCCCACCCCCCCCAAUCCUGUAUCACCUAGCAGUUGCAUGAGGCAAACUUUCCAGUGAGAGCAUGCCAGCUGCAGUGCGAGCACUAGCCAACAUGAACCCAUCACCUCUUCAUGUCACCUAGGAAAAACACUUCUCUCUUCCUAAUUUCCCCCAGCCCUCCUUCCCACAGCUCAGCAUCUGCACCAGCAGUGGCCCUGGGUCCCUGUGACAUGACGACACAGACAAGCAGAAAGAUAUCAGGGGGCUAUCCCUAUGUCAUCUAAUUAUAAUUUUUAAAGUAAAUACAAGACUUAACAAAGAUUAGACGUCUUUCUAUCUGUUUUGUAUUGGAAAUUUGUUUGGUAUAGAUGAGAUGUUUGCCCCUGAAAUGCCAAGAAACUCACAUGCAAAGCCUGGUACUGUACGCAUCCUCUGUGUGCAGGAGGGGUUGGCAAGAGCAAGCCCCAAGCCUAUAGCAUUGUGAUUUCUUAAAGGGACAGCACAGCUUCCUGCUGAACUAGGUCACCAUGUAGGCACAUUCUCACCAGCAGAAAGGUCACACCAAAUAGUGACAGACCCUUGACCAUGAAUCCCAGAGAGUGCAGAGACCUGGAACUUGUGGCUCUUUGAGACUGCAUGAAGACUUUCCCUCCCUGUAUUCAACAUUCAAGCCACUAUGAGCUCCAUUCCAUACACCUCAGGGACAUGUCUGCCCCUUAUCACUCUCAGAAUCAUCUUCAGCUGGGAACUCAGCUCUGUGGCUUUCCCAACAUGAUGUUCUUGCAAGCUCUUUGCUGUCUGUGUGCCGUAGCCUUUGUCUAUCUGACACCUCUGCAAGGAAGUGCUGGUGGGGCUUAUUUUGACAGGUCUGCAAUUCAGUAUUUAUAAGUAUAACUCAAAUGAAAUAUGACUAAAUGUUUUCUAGUCAAUUUUUUUCUUCAGAUUUUGCCAGAAGUGGAAAUGGCAUCAUUUGACUGUGUGUACAUCUCCACCCACGGCCCUGUGACGCUCGUGAGCAUCCUAUAUUUAGCUUCUCAUACAGUCUUUGACAUUGAAAUCUCCUUGGCAAAAUCAUCCCUUCCAGAGUUUAAACCUUUUCUUGUCCUUUUUGCUGACUGCUGGGUAGACUCAUUAAUAUGUUCAGUCUAUUUUAACAACACCUCAUUCCUCAUUAUUGGGUCAGCUCAGAGACAGCCUGCUUAAGGUCAUGGUGGCAAUUUUUCCCCAAAUUUAUUUUUCAAUUUCAUCUGACAUUAGGGAAAUCAUCUCUUUAGGCAAAAAUCAGACACUUUACCAAGUGUCUCUCAAAAAAUUAUUUCCUAAGUUUGAGGAGCUAGAAUAAUUUACCUUUCUGUCCACCCAACAAUUUUGAAGGCUACUUCACUCUUCCUCCAAUCAGCUAAACACGAGCAGGCAGAAGCUCUGAGUGGCUGAGAAGAACUUUUCAACAUUUCCCUUUAAAUCAAGAUGUACCACAGAAGACUCACUGAACUGUUGCCGAAAUAGCUGCCUGUGCAGGAGCCAAUUAACAAGCAGAAUCUGGCGGGUAUCCUGGCUAGCAAAACAGGAGGCCCAGGUUCCUGAUAGAUGUUCUCAAUCUCUGUCAGGUUCUGGUCUGCAGGAUGUGUCACAUGUCUACACCAUCCAUCAAUCGAUUCUUAAAGUUAAAGAUAGAGUGCGAUGAGGGCCAUUGUGCCAUCUGUGGACUGUGUAGAUAGCUGUUUUGAGGAUCUGUCUCUCAUCCGCAGAGCAGCCUGGAGAUCAGAAGAUAAUGGGACAGAUUUCCGUAGGAAGCCGCCAUUUAGGCAGAGCUUGAUUUAUACUGAUAUGGAGUCUGAAAUCUUCAUCGACAUCAUUUUCCUAACUUGGGAGACAGUCUAAGCAUGUUAGUCAGAAGUCUUAUGACCUUGGGUGAUUCAUCCUGUGUCUCUGGGCGUCACUCCUCUGUCUGUAACAUGGGGCCAAAAUAACACUGGAACAGAGGGUGUCGAGGUCUGGAGCCCGUGAUGGAUUAAAUUAGACCUGCAGAAAGUUCUGCUAGACUUCUUCCCUUUCAAGACUAACACUUCAGUGACUCAAGGUUGAGUCAUUUGCAUUUUGGAGGUAUGACUUUUAUCUUUACCAGAUGAACUCAGAAACUAAUAUAGCAUCCCAACCAGGAAAGAGUGUGAUGCUGUAUAGAAAAUCACUAUGUAAGCCACAACCUUGCUAUCUAUAGCCUUUGAUGCUCCACAGGACUAGAAAAGGCAACACCGUGGUGUAUAAAAUGAAAGUGUAUACUAUCCACACUAAGAUGUCAAGGAUGUGUGUAUACAUUAUUGCACAGCUUCAGGGACAGGUAAAGGUUUGGGUUAACAGAGUAGCUGCAUUUAAUAUGUUCAACCACAGUACAGAAAAUGGCUCUGGCUCUGCUCUACUGAACUAAAUUCACUGUGGUUAAAGAGUCUUCUCCGUCAGGGCAUAUUUGCAACUCAAUUUAAUUAAGGUUUAAUUUCAUCACGAGAUGGUUCCCACAGGCCGCCCCGCCCCUUCCCCGAUGCACUAAUAAUACCUUGUGAAUGACUUUCCACUGUGAUAACAAUGAGAAUAAAGCACCUUUGAACUAGUCUAA